AUGCGUUUCCUCUCUUUUAUUGCCGUUUUGGUCGGCUUGACAGGCUGUAUCUUUGCUGACCCUAUUCCUAUUCAUUCCCAUCCUCAUUCUCGAAUUAUAUCUCCAACGACCUCGGUUGAACUUCCUUCAAUAUCAAGAAACUCUUUAGCAUCAGUACACUCACCAGCAUCAGCCAGAGCAGUUUCCAACCCCGAACCCUAUUGGCUUGAACAUAUCGAGCACCAAGGGAUCUCGGCUUUCCACCCAGCUCCUGACACUUAUCAAGUGUUCCGGAAUGUGAAGAGCUUUGGAGCACAAGGCAUGAGUGACGGUGUCACGGACGAUACUGCUGCUAUCAAUGCUGCCAUUAGUUCUGGUGGACGAUGCGCACCUGGAAGCUGCCGGUCUUCCACCACGACUCCCGCGAUAGUCUACUUCCCUGCGGGAACGUACCUCAUUUCCUCAUCGCUCAUUGACUACUACUACACUCAGAUAAUCGGAAAUCCAAACAGUCUUCCCAUACUCAAAGCCGCGCCGCAUUUCGGUGGAUUCGCAUUGAUUGAUGGUGAUCAUGGACUGGGGUUUGGGCCUACAGAUAUUUUCUACCGCCAAAUCCGGAAUUUGAUUCUUGAUAUGACGGAGAUACCUGCCGGUACUUUGGUAAAUGGUGUCCAUUGGCCUACAGCCCAGGCUACAAGUAUACAGAAUUGCGUUUUCAGGAUGAGUGAUGCUGCUGGAACUCAGCACCAGGGGCUGUUUAUUGAAAGUGGUUUCUGUCACCGGUCUCCUUUAACGAUAUCUGCCACGAUUGUAGGCUCUGGAGGCUUCAUGAAUGACUUGGUGUUCUAUGGGGGGAUGAACGGAAUUCUUUUUGGAAACCAACAAUACACAGUCCGAAACUUGACGUUCUACAAUGCUGUUACUGCUAUUCAACAAGGCUGGAAUUGGGGGUGGACCUACAUUGGACUCACUGUUGUCAACUGCACAAUUGGCUUGAACAUGGCUACUGGAGGCUCUUCAGGACAAAUCGUUGGAUCUGUAACCAUCCUCGACAGCAACUUCGCUAACACGGAGGUUGCCAUACUCACAGCUCGUACCCCCUCUUCCUCACCAGCAACGGGCGGGAGUCUCAUUCUGGAUAAUGUGUCCUUGACAAAUGUGGCUAUUGCCGUUCAAGGACCCUGUGGAAUUAUACUUGCUGGAGGAACAACAAAGAUCACAGGUUGGGGUCAAGGUAAUCAGUAUACUCCAAACGGUCCAACAGUAUUCAGGGGACCAACCACUCCCUUCGCUCGGCCGGCCUCUCUGACUAUUGAUGGCGAGUUUUAUGCAAGAUCAAAACCUCAGUACAACACUCUACCCCUUUCCUCAUUUGUUAGCACUCGCGCUGCAGGCGCAAAAGGCGAUGGCAAAACGGACGACACCGCUAUUCUAAACAAUGUUCUACAGACAGCAGCUGCCAAUGGUCAGGUCGUCUUCUUCGAUGCCGGAACGUACAAGGUUACCUCAACAGUCAACAUUCCUCUGGGGUCUAGGAUCGUUGGGGAGUCAUAUUCCGUUAUCAUGGGCUCUGGCGCCUUUUUCUCGUCUAUGAAUGCUCCAGAAGCUGUAGUCUCAGUGGGUACUACUGGUCAAACCGGAAUAGUGGAAUGGUCCGACAUGAUCGUUUCUACUCAAGGAGCCACAGCAGGGGCAAUUCUCAUCGAAUGGAAUCUUGCCUCCUCCCCAAGUUCUCCGUCUGGAAUGUGGGACGUCCACACCAGAAUUGGAGGCUUUGCAGGUUCCAAUCUCCAAGUUGCCAAUUGCCCAACCACCCCAGGGGCAGCCAACAUCGUAAAAGAUGACUGCAUGGCCGCAUUUAUGAGCAUGCACUUCAGCAACUCAGCUGCUGGAGUCUACCUUGAGAACACCUGGUUUUGGACUUCUGAUCAUGACCUUGAUGACCCCAACCUGACUCAAGUCACCGUCUAUGCAGGUCGAGGCCUCUACUCCACCUCCUCGACCGGCACUAUUUGGCUUGUCGGUACGUCCGUAGAGCACCACGCUCUGUACCAGUAUCAAUUUACGAACACAAAAGACGUCUUCGCAGGCCACAUCCAAACCGAGACAGCUUAUUACCAACCGAACCCACCUGCUAUGGUUCCUUUCCCAGCUGUUUCAGCUUGGAAUGAUUUUGAUUUUGUGGCAGGCUGUACUGGAGUAGCAGGGAAUUGCGCCAUGGGCUGGGGAUUGAGGAUAGUCGGCAGCACAUCCAUCUUGAUCUACGGAGCCGGAUUGUACAGCUUCUUCGACAACUACCGCACCUUCUGCUCCCAAGUCGGAAACGGCGAAGUAUGCCAAGCGAGGAUCUUCAGCAUCGAGCAAAGCAGCAACAUCAACAUCUAUAAUCUCAACACUGUCGGAGCCACAUGCAUGCUGUCCCGAGACGGUCUAAGUAUGGUGCACUAUGCGCCGAAUGUAAAUGUCUUCCCGGAUACAGUUGCGCUGUUUAAGAGUGAUUAGGAGUCUAGGAGAGCAGACUCGUAUGGCGUGUUGUAUGUAUGUAUUGUAUGUCUAGGA